UAACAAUUCUUAUAUCUCCUCCGAACCUUGAUAAUUGAUUUAUAUGUACCUAUGUUAUUCUCUUGCAGUACACUUCGUUCACACUAAUCAUGUCACCCGAUGAAUAUUCACAAAUAAAACACCUUUCUCAUAUAGAGAAAAAAAAACAGGGGUGUUUCGAAAUUUCCAUGAUUUUUUGUGUUUUAUCACUAUUUUGCUCCCAAAUAUAUUCAUUUUAUUAUCUUCAUGAAAUUGACAAUAAGUUAAAUAACGAUAACAUUUUGAAAAACAGUGCACAACCUUCGGUCCAAUCGUCGUAUGCAUGCUGCAGAAAGGGGGAACCAGGAUAUCCUGGAUAUCCGGGUAUGAAAGGUGAAGUGGGAUUGCCUGGAUUUCCGGGUACGAAAGGUGAAGUGGGAUUGCCUGGAUUUCCGGGUAUGAAAGGUGAAGAGGGAUUGCCUGGAUAUCCGGGUAUGAAAGGUGAAGAGGGAUUGCUCGGACCUCCGGGUAUAAGAGGAAAUGAAGGAUAUCCCGGGAUGCCUGGUAUGAAAGGUGAACAGGGAUUGCAAGGAUAUCCAGGAGAUAAAGGUGAUGUGGGUCCAGAGGGAUAUCCCGGGAUGCCUGGUAUGAAAGGUGAACAGGGAUUGCAAGGAUAUCCAGGAGAUAAAGGUGAUGUGGGUCCAGAGGGCGUUCCUGGUAUUAUUGGACAAAAGGGCGAACCAGGUCCAAUGGGCCCUAUGGGAUUCAAAGGGGACAAAGGCGCAGAAUCAUAUUAUGAUUCAAUGUUCCCCCCUGGACCACCAGGACCGAUAGGAUAUCCGGGACCUCCGGGAUUACCAGGAUAUACUAUGAAUUCCAUACGAACUCAUUUCUCCAGGAAUGUCUAAUUGAUUCCGUAUGGAUUCAAUUCUCUUCUCGAUUUUUUUGUUUCAGUGGAAGAACAGGAAGACUACACCACAGAAGACUACACCACAGAAGACUACAUCACACAAUUUUAUUGAACGUAGGUUUCGGAUAUAGGCAAACAAGCUGAUUCACAAACGAUUUAUUUCGCUACAGUUUCGGAUCCUAUUUGAUCCUUCUUCAGGCUGCAAUAAAAAUUUAACAUAUAAGGAAAACAGAUUGUGAAGUACAAGAGCAGACUCACCGAGACAAAUCAAAGAUAUAAUCUCUCUCUCAUCAAUCAUGAAUAAUUAAAAUUCAGAUAUUGCUGUCUUAGACAAAUAGUCAAAAUAGAAAAAAGUUAUUAAGUGAAAUGUGUCAUAAAUAAGCCUAUGUAUCGAUCGUCAGAUAAAAUAAAUAAAUUAAAUGGAUUAUUAUAAACAUAAUGUCAAGGAGAUAAAAAUAUAUAAUAAAUUAAG